AUGUUUAGAAAAACAUACCUUACCAAGACAAUAUUAACUAUAACAAUUGUUCUUAACGUCGUUACUUCACAAACUCUGGAUGAUAUUAAGUCUUAAAUCGUCAAUGAUUGGCAAAGCAUUGCUCUUGAAUUGGUCCCAACUUCACAAGGAGAUUAAGUGUAACCAGAAUACAAAAGAAGAUAAUGGAAUUUUACUUCUGAUUCUGAGUUCACAGCCUCGAUAGAGACUUUCAUGGACAAAUCAGGCUAAAUUAAGAAAUUAACUUUCUCUGGACAAGGAGAAAUAACUUACUAAGGGGCAAGUGACGUAAUUUCAGGGGCUUUCUUAUGCUAAAUUACAUUCAGCAAAUAGGCCUUGGUCACACUCCACACAGAUGACCUAGUAACAGCUUUCAACGGAGCUCAAUAAGGAAAGGAUGGAGUCACUUGGGUUAAAGACAAAUCUUAAGAUAUAACAACUGUCGCCGUCCCAGCCAUGGGGAAAUAAUCAAAUUCCCCUUUCUUAAGUUAUGAUCUUGUCUAUAUAAGAGAUGAUUAUUUAUAUAUGGGUGAAGUAGACGUAUUUGGAACUCAUGCGAGUGCAGAUAAUCCACCUAAAGGAUUAUCUGCUCCUCUGAUUCUUAAUCCAGAUCCUGAAACUUCCCUAACUCUUGAUGAGUUGAAACAAUCAAUUCUAGGAGGGUAAUGGACAAGUCUGACUAAAGAAGUAAGGCCAGGCUUAAACAAUCAAGCAAAACUGAUGACAACUUUCUAAACUAGAACGUUAACGUUUCUUUCAGAAUUGGAAUUUUCAUUGGUCUUAACAAGUUAUUCUGGCUAUGGAUAGUCAUCAGCCUUAAUGGCUAUGGAAGUAGUUGGUCCAUAUGAAUGGGAAGAAGAUGCUUCUCAAGUAGUUGCUGGAGCAUAAUUUGCUAAAUUUAGCAUGACUUAAAUGUACAUUACACCUAUGAGUGAUGAAAUAACUGCCAACCUAAAUUAAGGUUUACCUCAAGGAAUGGACCCAUUCAAAACAAAUUAGAAGGUCAAUAUGACAGGUAAGGAUUUUCCAGCCUUAGGAUUGUCAAGUGGAUCUUCUAUGUAUGAAAACGACAUGGUUUAUCAAAGAUAAAACCGCCUAUUCUUAGAAGCCAGACCAGUGGAUGGAGGAAUGCUUUAGCCAAAAGAAAGAAGAACAUAUAGCCUGUAGAGAGAUUUAAUUGACACAUCGAGAAGUUCAUUUAAUGGAUUCCUGAUUUUGAAUUUAAUAAUGGUCAUCCUAUUGGUCUGA